AUGCAUCAUCCCCUUCGACGGACGACCGUUUCGAGGCUUCCGGCGGUGAUCUUGCAGCGAAAGCUAGCCACAAGCAGCAGCAGCAGCAAACAGCCACCGGAGCUGCCGCCGUGCGAUUUUGUGCCCGACCUGGCCGAGUCGAAGCUGGGCAAGUUUGAGAUUGAGCGCAUUCACAAGCUGAAUCUCAAUCCCAGUCUGAAGCCGUACUACAGCGAGCCGCUGCUGAUCACCCAGGGCCACCGGCAGUAUGUCUGGGACAACAAGAAGCGGCGGUAUUUGGACAUGUUCGGUGGCAUUGUCACCACUUCCGUCGGCCACUCGCACCCAACUCUGCUGGAGACGAUCAGCCGCCAGUCGCGGAAGCUGUGGCACGUUUCAUCUGUCUAUCUGAACGAGGAGGUGCACGAAUACGCUGCCAAGUUGGCGAACCACUUUCCCGAGCCGCUGAACAAUGUCAUUUUCUGCAACUCCGGCUCGGAGGCGAAUGACAUUGCCCUGUUGAUGGCCCGCUCCUUCACGGGCGCCUUUGACGUGGUGGCCCUGCGUAACGCCUACCACGGAUGCAGCACCUCGACGAUGCCGCUUUGUGGAGUGGGCGUCUGGAAGUUUCCCGUGCCGCUCAACUUUGGCUUCACUCAUACUGCCUGUCCUGAUCCCUAUCGAGGACGGGUCGGUGGGCGGUUUUGUCGAGACUCACCCGUACAGACGAACCGAAGUUGUGAUUGUAAGGAAGGAGGUGGUUGUGCGGCGGCAGAGUACUACGCAGAGGAGCUGGAGGAGGUGCUCAGCUCGACGCUGCCCAAGCGAAUUGCCGGCUUCUUUGCGGAGAGUAUUCAGGGCGUCGGCGGCACCGUCCAGUACCCAAAGGGCUUCCUGCAGCGCGCCUACGAGCUGGUGAAGGCCCGUGGCGGUCUCUUCAUCAGCGACGAGGUACAAACCGGUUUCGGGAGGACCGGGGAGCACUUCUGGGGUUUUCAGGGCCACGGCAUCGUCCCAGACAUUGUGACCAUGGCAAAGGGCAUCGGCAAUGGCUUUCCGCUGGCCGCCGUCAUCACCACACAGUCGGUGGCGAGCUCGCUGACGCGGGCGAUGCACUUCAACACCUUUGGCGGCAAUCCGCUCUCCUCGGCGGUGGGCUCCGCCGUGCUCGAUAUCAUCGAGGCGGAGAAGCUGCAGGAGAACUCGUUGCGAGUGGGAACGCUGUUGCUGCGGAAGCUCGCUGAACUGCGAGACGGUCGUUUCUCUGACAUUGUCGGCGACGUUCGCGGAAAGGGACUGAUGAUUGGUCUGGAGUUGAUGGUCAGCAAGGAGCGGAAUCACCGGACGGCAGUGCCGAUGCCCGUCGAGCAAGUGAACGGCAUCUUCGAGGACUGCCGCUCCAUGGGACUGAUCAUCGGCAAGGGCGGUCCCAGCGGAAAUGUCUUUCGCAUCAAACCGCCGAUGUGCAUCACCGAGGCGGACGUCACCUUCACCGUUGACGUGCUGAAGGUCGCCUUUGAGCGACAUUAUGAACGGCUGGCUAGGUCUAGCCAAAAGUGA